CUCUCUUUUUAAAAUAAAUUCCCCGAAGUCGAGUUUUUUCAUAGAGAUCGUAAUUUUCAGAAAUGUUGUUUGUUUUGCAAUUUUGCAUCGUAUGCUGGUAAGAUGAAAACGUAGUAAACACAUCAAUGUGAAGAUGUCAGGGAAUAGGAACAAGCAAUCUUACGAAGAUGUCUUGAAAAACAUUGAACGCAAACGAAUCAACAGAGAAAACGAAGAGCUUAAUAUUGGAUGGUACUGUUGGCUUCUGUCCGAAUACCCAGCUCUUAUUAUCUUUCUUUGCGUUUGUCUUUCAUCAACCUUGCUUGUUGUUACCCUCGUAUAUGGAGAACUUCCUGACUUUAGUGAUCCAGCCAAAGGUUUUGAAGUUCGUGGCACCGAAUUAUCCGAUAGAUUGGUGACAUGGGAGAAUAUGAUGAACCAAACUGGUUACAACUCAACUCUGUCAAACUAUCCGUAUGUUUAUUUAAAAAGAAAGGCACUGAUGGGAAAGGCAAGAAAAAAGAAUAAACGAAAGAAAAAGAAGAAAAAGAAUCGAAUGAAAAGAUCAUUUAAUGAGGAUUGGAACUUCAUUACUGAUGGUUACACUUGCCCAAAUUCAAGGGAACCAAUUGUAAAACUUGGGUACUCAAGAUGGAUAUACGAAGCCACCGAUGGAGUCACGCUGUGGUCCCUGCAAUCAUUGCUUCAAAUGUGUAAGACAGCGCACCAAAUUUUGGACCACCAAGAAUACCCAGAAGUUUGUUUACGUAAAACCUUAUCGUCAUGCUGCCCUACUAUAUCUCUUGCCAAUCAUGUUGCUUAUAUAAGCGGCGUCAAAAGUUGUUUUAACUUGACCCAAGAUGAUGUCCUAAAAGCUGAGCAAGUUCUUAUGUUGUGUGCCCCCUAUUACUGCUCAGGUGAUCUUCAGUUAGGUUGCAACUCAAGUGACUUAAACACCUUGAAUCGUUACAUGUCUGGCUCAAGGUGUGGAAAUGUACCAGGCGUGUGUACAGAUGCUGUUUACAAUAUAUUUCACUACCUCAUACAAGGCUCUUUAUGUACAAACCACUCUAUGCGUUUCAAUUUCACAUUAUCUUCAGUAUUUUUACCAGCAUAUACUGGAAAAGGAAUGUUAGAUUUAUAUUAUGAUAAAUUCCACAACCAACCUCAACAAAACAGCAUCAGAGUGUCAUCCAUUGACUUUGGGGUUGAUGGUUUAGUGUUCGAGGACCUUCUACUUGCAGAUUCCAUCUAUCCAGGUGUUGCCAUGUUGUUGUUGUUGGUCAUAGUUUGGAUUUACACAAGUUCCUUAUUCAUUACAACCAUGCACCUUGUAGCUACCACGGCAGCUAUGGUCACUUCUUAUUUUAUUUAUCAGUUUAUAUUCGAUGUGACAUUCUUUCCAUUCCUUAACCUGACAAGCACACUGGUAAUGCUGGGACUUUCAACUGAUCAUAUCCUUGUCUUAUACUCAACAUGGAAAAGGUGUUGCAGUGAGGAUAAAGUUUACGAACGAGUGACCACAAAACACCCAGUUGGUCGCAGGAUUGGAGUUGUAGCAAAGUCAACCAUGCGACAUGUUGGUUGGUCAUUGUUUGUUACAAGUUUUACAACUUCUUCAGCCUUUUUCUCCAAUGCUUGGAGUUCUGUCUCUGCCAUUAAAUGCUUUGGUAUCUACACCGGUCUUGCCGUGCUUUGUAAUCUUAUAUUUGCCCUAACUUGGCUACCUGCUUCAAUAAUAUUUCACCACAAGUACCUACAAUUUACCUGCAACACAAAGUCAGUGUUUUGCUGCAUCAUACGUCUCUUCACUCGCAUUCGAAACCAAGCAUCCGAAGUAUCCAGGGUAUUUUUUCACCAAAUUCAAGUAUUACUAGUUGUUCGUUUCCGUAUUCUGUGGGUCACCUUCUUCACCCUUCUAGCUAUUACAUCAAUGUACAUCGUUGUAUUCAACCCAGGUUUCCAACUGCCUCGAUCAGCAUCUUAUCUUCAGUUCUUUGAACAAAAGCACCUGUUUGAACAAUACCCACUCCAGCAGCGUUAUUUCGAUUUUGAUAAAGAUUACAAAGGUUUCCUCAGUGUAAGGUUUAUCUUUGGCAUCGAACCAAUAGAUGACGGGAAUCCAAGGAAUCCAGAUGACAAAGGCAACAUUCACUUCACCCGAUUCAAUGUCUCAGAUCCACAAAGCCAACGAUGGCUGUUAAACUUCUGCACCAUUUUACGAUCACACAAAUUCUACAGAGAACCAGAAAACAGCCAGUUCAGCUCAAUGUGUUUUAUAGAAACAUUGAAGAAAUGGAUUGAGUCUCGCCCAUGUAAAACUGGCGCUCCUUGCUGCAAAAUGACAAAGUUCCCAUACAAGCCUAAUGUGUUUGAACUUUGCUUGAAAGAAGCAAUCUCAAGACUUAAUGUGGUCCCACAACUACAGCUGUUCCCAAGUUCCCCGGGACCAAGGUUUGAUUCGAAAGAUUCGAUUCGAAGUGUCAUCAUUGAAUUUCCAACCAAUCAGAAAACUUCUUCCACCCAAAGCGAAAUAGCGGAAUUUGUCAAAGAAAUUGAAGAAACUUUGCAAGUUCAUGUGGAUUCUGCGCCUCGCACUUUAGCUGGGGGGUGGUUUGUCAGUUCUUUAAAUCUGUAUGCAUUACAGACUAGUUUAUACACCGGCACCCUGACCUCAGUUGGGAUAUCUUUGCUUGUUGCCCAGAUUGUUAUUUUGAUAACAUCACGUAACUUAGUCGUCAGCAUAUUUGUAAACCUUUCAAUAGGGGGUGUCAUCUUUGUAACUGUGGCUACACUUGCUUUAGCUGGCUGGGAAUUAAAUGUAUUAGAAUCUGUAACAGUUUCCAUCUCUGUUGGGCUCUCAGUUGACUUUACUGCACAUUAUGCAAUUGCUUAUCUACUUGCACCUGAGAAAAGUGACAGACAGAGACGAGUGGAGCACGCUCUUGCAAGGAUAGGUUCUGCCAUCGCCACUGCUGCUUUCACGACUUUUCUAGCAGGAUUAGGAAUGCUUCCAGCAUCUGUGCUUGCUUAUAAAAGAUUUGGAAUAUUUCUGAUGGUGAUCAUGACAUCAAGUUGGGUUUACAGCAACUAUUUUUUUCUUGGGUUGUUGAGUUUGCUGGGACCGCAAGGGAAUUGUGGCAGUUUGUCGUGUUUGUCGCAGAAAAGGAAUGAAAAUGAGGAACACACAACUACGUUAAUUACAGAGUCAACAAGUGUCCGACCUGCACUCAUUGAAGGAAGAACUAUCAGCACCGAACCAUCAUCUAUUAAUCAUAAUGGUGGCAAUGUUCCUGAAUGAACUUCUAUUAUCUGGAACUGAAAGACCAAAGGCAGUGGUGUACACCAAUGGGUUAGGAUGGUUACCCUAUUGAGACUGCACAUCUUUACAAUCCAACUGGAAUGUAUUAAAAUGUGAAAGUAGUGUUCUAAAUAAGUUUCCUUCCCCUGUAAUUUUAAAUUUGUAAUCGACUUAACGAAACCGGGGCCAAGAAACAAACAAUGCCCAAAAUGUUUUAAUGUUCUGUAUCAAAGGUUUAGCCUAAUUACACUAAACAUUAGCCCGAGAAUUUUCAGGGACCUAUUACCUUAUCCUGUUAUUCUGCUGUGUUUUAAGCUUUAUGAUCAAUCGUUCUAACUAGUUAUUGUGAAAACCUUGGUUUUGUUGUUAACCUUCUAAAGAUGUUUGCAAUAGACAGUAUUUGUGUUCAUUGUUGCCAUACCACCAUCACUGUAUUAUUAUUAUAGUUUUAUUACUUCUCAUGUUAAUAACAGAUCAAUAUUGUUAAUAAACACCCUUCGUGCCAUCAAA